AUGCUGGGGGGUGCUCCGCCAAAUAUUCAUCACGUGGGUGAUGUGCCCUCCACGAUGGAGGCUGCGCGAGAGAUGUUGGCCGCUGCAAAGGGCGCUCCAUUUGCCGUUCUGGCAGAGUCGCAGUCGAAGGGGCGCGGCACGGGUGGACGCGUGUGGACGUCGCCGAAGGGUAACCUCUACUUUACCCUUUGCAUCCCUGAAGCGAGCGUCAGGCCGGAGAUUACGCCUGUGUUGCCGCUCGUUACCGGGCUUGUCUGCCGUGAAGCCAUAAAGAGUAUUGUCAAAGGGGCCGACGUCCACGUGAAGUGGCCAAACGAUAUCAUCUACGACAGCAAAAAGCUUGGCGGAAGUAUUGUGGAGGCUGAGGGGAACUACCUGCUAAUUGGCAUUGGUAUGAACGUGGAGUUGGCGCCGCCGGUCACGGACAGCGGCCGAGAUACUACCACCGUGAAUGACAUUGCAGCAGCUGUUGGGCAGCCAAAGGUCACACCCGUGCAGCUCGCUGAGGCGGUGUGGAAGCAGUACUUCGAGGUGCUUUCUGACACGACGCUGUCACGCAAAGUUAUUGUGAUGAAUUUCGAAGCAGCUAUGGAUAAGAGUCUUAUUCUGCACCGCCGCACCCCGACGGGCCGCGAUCCAGAACCACUGCGUGCUGUACGCCUGAAUGAAUGGGGCCAUCUCACCGUCUUGAAGUCAGACGGCACGGAGGAAACGCUUCUGACGGAGUAUCUUUUUUAG